AUGAGCGCCGCUUCUUCCACCACUGUCGCCGGGUCCGCGGACAAAGGCGCUCAGCACGACGACAUCGCUGCCGCCCGCCGCUUCCUCGAAUACGUCGAUGCGAGCCCCACCCCUUUCCAUGCAGUGGCAACCACCUCGGCUCGACUCGAUGCUGCUGGCUUUCAACGGGUGAAGGAGAGUGAGCUCUGGGACAACAAGGUCAAGCCCGGUGGCAAGUACUACUUCACUCGCAACCAGUCUGCCAUCGUCGCUUUCGCCGUCGGCGCCAAGUACCAGCCUGGGAACGGCGUUCACGUCGUCGGUGCUCACACCGACUCGCCGAACUUCCAGAUCAAGCCAGUCUCGCGUAAGGCCAAGGAAGGAUACCUCCAAUGCGGUGUAGAGACCUAUGGUGGCGGCAUCUGGGCUUCAUGGUUCGAUCGUGACCUCGGCGUUGCUGGUCGCGUCAUCGUCUCCGAUUCCAAAUCUCACGACAAGUUCACAGGCAAGCUCGUCCAUAUCAAGCGACCCAUACUUCGUAUUCCCACCCUCGCCAUCCACCUCAACCGCACCGUCAACGAAGCAUUCAAGUUCAACGUCGAGGACAACACGGUUCCCAUCCUUGGUCUCGCCACCGAGCAGCUCAACAAGCGUGCCGACGAGGCUGCCGAGGCCGCCAAGGCGACUCCUCAAGCGGUAGGCACCCCUGUCAUGGCAGAAAAGCAUCAUUCGGUUCUCCUCGACCUCCUCGCAUCCGAGCUUGGAAUCUCCGUCGAACAGAUCCAAGACUUUGAGCUCAGCUUGUACGACACACAACCUGCUUCGAUUGGAGGCAUCAACAACGAAUUUAUCCACUCUCCUCGCCUUGACAACCAGAUGUCGUGUUUCUGCGCCACCGAGGCCCUCAUCGACUCUCUUUCCAAGCCGGAGUCGCUUGAGGCAUCCUCGUCGAUCCGUGCGAUCGCGCUCUUCGAUAACGAGGAGGUCGGCUCCGUAUCGACCCACGGCGCCGAGUCCAACAUGCUGCCAAGUCUCAUCCAGCGUCUAGUGGCGCUUCCCGUGUCGUCUUCGUCCUCCUCGUCUCCAGCUUCCUCCAAUUUGUACGAGCAGGCUAUCGCACGAUCCUUCCUCCUCUCCUCCGACAUGGCUCACGGUUUCCACCCCAACUACCCUUCUUUCUACGAAGAGAACCACCGACCCAAGAUCAACCAGGGGCCCGUCAUCAAGACGAACGUGAAGCAGAGGUACGCCACCACCGGCCCCACUGCCUUCCUCAUCCGACGCAUCGCACAGCGCGCUCAGGUGCCUUUGCAGUCGUUCGUCGUCAAGAACGACAUGCCCUGCGGCUCCACCAUCGGACCCAUGCUCAGCAAGCUCGGCAUCCGAACGCUCGACCUCGGAAACCCGCAGCUGUCGAUGCACUCGAUCCGUGAGACGUGCGGUACCAAGGACGUCGAGUACAAGAUCCAGCUCUUCAAGCACUUUUUCGACUCCUUUGAACAGGUCGAUGCUCAGCUCGUCAUCGACUGA